UUUCUUGCUUAACAACUAUUUAAGCAAAAAUGUGUUUUGCUUUGGUUUAUUCAGUGGAUAUCUGUGGAAUCGUAAGCGGGUCAGGUCAUGUGAUUUCACCAUAAGUGUGGACGUGACUUCACAGCUUUGACAGACCAGGCACUUAAUGAGUUUAUGAACUCAUCAAGUUCAAAGAGUCGUUCAUUCAGCAACGAGCAAACGUACAAAGGCGUGAACCGAUCCUGACAAUUUGUACAGGACUUGAACGCGACUUUGACCGGAAGUUUGGGUACAGAAACAGGAAAUAGAAAUAGCAAAAUAAGGCUGUUCAGCACUCAGAAACUUCUGCAAGCUAUUGGGUUAAGGUGACGUUUUGGCACCAGAGAAAAUCAUCAAAUUUCACAAAACUGUUUCACUUUCAAACAAUAUGAAAGGAAAGAUGAAUUUGGAUGAGUACUUCAAGAGGAUUGGUUUCCAUGGCUCCUACAGCAAACCGGAUCUUGCAACCCUGAAGCUGAUCCACAAGCAACACGUCAUGUCAGUUCCAUUUGAAAACCUCAGUGUUCACUGUGGUGAGAAGAUCACUAUGGACCUGGAGAUGAUUUUCAACAAGGUUGUGAGGAACAAUCGUGGGGGUUGGUGUAUGGAGAUAAACCUUCUGCUUGGUUGGGUUCUGAGAGAAAUGGGCUACGACACUGUGACCCUGGCCUGCAGAGUUUUCCGCACCUCUGUCAAUGACUAUGGGCCAAAGGACACUCACCUUGUGAGCAAGGUGGUCAUCGAUGGAAAGUCUUACAUAGCAGAUGUCAGCUAUGGAGUGUCUUCCCAAGUGUGGGAGCCUCUGGAGCUGGUCUCUGGAAAGGACCAACCUCAGGCAGCGGGCAUCUUCCGUCUUAUUGACCAGGGGGGCCUGUGGGUGCUGGAGAAGACGAGCAGAAAACCUAAGCUUGUCAACCCAGAAUUUAACAAAUUAAACCUGGUGAACAGAGACGAAACAAAGCAGCUCUAUCGCUUCACCUUGACGCCUGUUGAGGAUGCUGUGGCUUAUUUUUCUGACACAUGCCACAUACUUCAGACAAGUCCUGACGUCAUGUUCACCAACAAGUCCAUCUGCUCUUUGCAGAUGCCCACAGGUUUCCGAGCGCUCUUCGGCUGGACCUACAGCGAGGUCACCUACAAACCAGAGGAAGGGAUUGAUGUCUUUGAUAUGAGGAACAUAUCAGAUGAUGAAAUAGAUCAUAUUCUGAUGGAAAAAUUCAACAUAAAACUGCAGAACAAACUGCGGCCUGUGAACAACACAAUAUGUUACACACUCUAAACAUCUUGCUUUAAGAGCUAAUUGUCUAGAAUUAUCGGAGCAAAAAUUAUUUACUUCAUUUUAGACCCCAGGUGUGAAUGGCUCAAAAAAAUAGACUUGAAUAGACUUGAACCCAAACUGUUUGGACCACACCUGACAUGCUGGGGUCUAAAUAGUUUAAUGUGUAACUAUUGUUUAUCUUUAACUCGGUAACUCCAAAGUUUCAUGAAAUGAAGAAGCAAAGAAUUGCAGUGUCACUACUAUAUUAGUAUUAGUAUUUGCAUUUAAUAUUGAUAUCUUACUAAAUCAAUGUAUAAAUCUAAACUAUUUUGCCAAAUAUAUGUGACAAAAUGAAAGUUCAUUGCUUUCACAAAAGUGUGUCUGAACUGAAGUGUUUGAAAAGUUUAUGGAUCAACUGCUUGUAAUGUGUUUUAUCCCAAUAAAAGUGAGUGUAAUAUUGAAACUUG